GACGUUAUCCCAUGACACGUGACAUCUCUUCAUCUCUCCCACAGUUCAAAAAUCAAAUCUUUUAACUCUCACACCCUCCCUCCUCAUCAAAUGUAUUCUCCUUGUACCUCAAAGACUCGUCCUUUAAAUCCCAAUCCUUUGUUUCUGUUUAUGUUUUUUUCAGUUAUAAGAAACAAAGGGUAGUCAUUUAAGUUAGCACCCUUUUCUAGUAUGGAGCCAUUGCUGAAGAAGAAAGAUGGUUGGACUGAGUCAGGUAGUGCAACCGAGUUGAGUAGCUGCAAUGGUGGUGAGUCUAAAACGAGUAGCACUACGAGUAGAAAUUCAAGUGGCUCAAGUUCUGGGAAAAAAGGGUCUGCUUCAGGUUCACCUACUCUCUUGGGUUGGCCUAUAAGGAGAGCUAUCACUGCUACUCCUUCAGUGUCAAAGGAUGCCCCAAAUGGAGAUGGAGAUGAAGAUGAAGUUAGUAAGGAAGAUGAAAAGUUCAAAAAAUUGGCUUCAAAGAUCAAUGAGAUUGAUUUGAUGAAGGAAAGGUUUGCCAAGUUGUUGCUUGGUGAAGAUAUGUCAGGUUCUGGCAAAGGGGUUUGCACAGCUUUGGCUAUUUCAAAUGCCAUUACCAAUCUUUGUGCUACUAUUUUUGGGCAAUUAUGGAGUUUGGAGCCUAUUUCUGAUGAGAAAAAAUCCAUGUGGAAAAGAGAGAUGGAGUGGCUUGUUUGUGUUAGUGACCACAUUGUUGAGUUCAUACCUUCUUGGCAAAAUUUCCCAGAUGGAAGCAAGCUUGAGGUGAUGACUUGCAGGCCUAGAUCAGAUCUUUUCAUCAAUCUCGCCGCGCUUCGAAAACUCGACAACAUGCUUCUGGAUAUACUAGAUAGUUUCACAAGCACUGAGUUCUGGUAUGUUGAUCAAGGGAUCGUAGCGCCUGAGGCUGACGGUUCGGCCUCCUUUCGGCAAACGCUGCAGCGCCAGGAGGAGAAGUGGUGGCUACCCGUGCCCCGUGUGCCCGCCGGUGGUCUCAGUGAUGAUUCGAGAAAGCAAUUGAACCACAAUAGGGAGUGUACCAGUCAGUUAUUGAAAGCUGCUAUGGCUAUCAACAGCAUCACUCUGUCGGAAAUCGAAGUUCCGGAUUCGUACUUGGACGCGCUUCCGAAGAAUGGUAGAGCUUGUCUAGGAGACCUGAUUUAUAGGUACAUUACCUCGGAUCAAUUCUCAGCUGAGUGCCUGCUCGAUUUCCUUGAUCUAUCGUCGGAACAUGUUGCGCUCGAGAUUGCGAACCGCGUCGAAGCCGCAAUAUACGUGUGGCGUCGAAGAUCUCAUUCGAAGCCCCUGAUUACUCCGAACCGAUACACUACGAAAUCGUCAUGGGAAAUGGUGAAGGACCUUAUGGUUGAUGGAGACAAGAGGGAGUUUCUAGCAGAAAGAGCUGAAAGCCUAUUGCUUUGCUUGAAGCAACGAUUCCCAGCUCUGACUCAAACUACAUUGGAUACCAGCAAAAUCCAGUGCAACAAGGAUGUCGGAAAGUCCAUUCUCGAAAGCUAUUCGAGAGUUCUUGAAAGCCUAGCAUACAACAUUGUUGCACGCAUCGACGAUUUGUUAUACGUCGACGACUUAACGAAACAUUCGGAUAGGCUGUCAUCGGUUCCUACGGUUAGUGUAAUCGCACACAAAACGGUUUCCAUCCCGUAUUCGGUACCGGUCUUGAACACUCCCUACAAAACAUCUGUCACCUCGACGCCGAGCUUUUCAACCGCGCCACUGAUCAGCCCUGCAGGGGGAGAAAGAACUCCUUUUCUCAAGCAGAACAACACCACCACAACGAACAAUAACAUCAUCAUCAGGCCGCAUCGCCGAGGGUUCGGAGUGAAGAGGGUGUUGACAAACUAUCUCGGAGGCGAUUCGAAACCGAAGAUAUGCAGUAAUCCAACAACGGAUAGUUCAUCAAUCCUGAAGAACUCUACUAACAAUACAGAGAACUCAGGGAAUCAAAAGGGUCAUCAAAUUACAUCGAAACAAUCGUCGGCAUACCAGAACGGGACCAAAAUGCGACAAAAUCCUCCGCGAUAUACCGUCACUUGAGUAGAUUUUUUAUGACAGUAAACUACUGGUUGUAGUAAGAUCAUGUGUAUGAGUUAUAUUUAUUAUAUAUUUUUUGAUUGUGUUCUUCAUUCUUGUAAUCAAAGUAGUUCGUAUCAUUUGUGUUGCGAUAUUGGGAUCGUUUCGUAUAGGUUUAAUACUUUAGUACCAAAGUGGAGAAGAAGGUAUAAUUUAGGGGCU